GAUUUCGGCAUCAGUCAUGAAUGGUACAGUCCAUCGUAUCCGAGUUCUCUUCGCUGUGGCUCUGCGUGUGCGCUGCAGUUUCCUGUUGAAGUCUCGAUGCUGGAAAGAACCAUGGCGGCCACUGAGAUAGCGCGACAAGCGGGAGAGGGUGCACGUGCUGUCCCGCUCUCUGGUCAUGUGGGCUUCGACAGCAUGCCAGACCAGCUGGUCAACAAAUCCGUCAACCAUGGCUUCUGCUUCAAUAUCCUCUGUGUUGGCGAGACGGGUUUAGGAAAGUCCACCCUCAUGGACACCCUGUUCAACACCAAGUUUGAGGGUGAACCUACACAGCACAAUCAGCCUGGAGUGCAGCUCAAAUCCAACACAUACGAGCUGCAGGAGAGCAACGUUCGCCUCAAGCUCAAUGUUGUCAACACAGUAGGCUUUGGAGAUCAGAUCAAUAAAGAGGACAGUUACAAGUCUAUUGUGGAGUUCAUCGAUGCUCAGUUUGAAGCAUACCUUCAGGAGGAGCUGAAGAUUAAACGCACCCUACACAGUUAUCAUGAUACACGGAUCCACGCCUGUCUUUAUUUCAUUGCCCCCACUGGACACUCCCUAAAGUCCCUUGACCUGGUUACAAUGAAAAAGCUGGACAGUAAGGUGAAUAUUAUCCCCAUCAUUGCCAAAUCUGAUGCCAUCUCAAAGAGUGAACUCGCCAAAUUCAAGAUCAAAAUCACAAGUGAGCUGGUUAGCAAUGGUGUCCAAAUCUACCAGUUCCCUACUGAUGAUGAGACGGUGGCAGAGAUCAACUCAACCAUGAAUGGUCAUUUGCCUUUUGCGGUGGUGGGAAGCACUGAGGAAGUGAAGAUUGGGAACAAGAUGGUGCGAGCACGGCAGUACCCUUGGGGAACCGUCCAGGUGGAGAACGAGAAUCACUGUGAUUUCGUGAAGCUGAGGGAGAUGCUGAUCAGGGUGAACAUGGAGGACCUGCGAGAGCAGACCCACACACGCCACUAUGAGCUCUACCGACGCUGCAAGCUGGAGGAGAUGGGAUUCAAAGACACCGACCCCGACAGCAAACCCUUCAGCCUCCAGGAAACAUACGAGGCCAAGAGGAAUGAGUUCAUGGGUGAGCUGCAGAAGAAAGAGGAGGAGAUGAGGCAGAUGUUUGUCCAGAGAGUCAAAGAGAAGGAGGCAGAGCUGAAAGAGGCAGAGAAGGAGCUUCAUGAAAAGUUUGACCGUCUCAAGAAGCUUCACCAGGAUGAGAAGAAGAAACUGGAGGACAAAAAGAAGUCUUUUGACGAUGAGCUCAACAGCUUCAAGCAGAAGAAGACAGCAGCAGAGCUGCUGCAGUCCCAGGCCCAGCAGGCAGGGGGCUCCACCACACUCAAGAGGGAAAAAGAGAGGAAAAACUUCUUUUAACUCUGUCUUGGCUGCCUGUCUGAAGAGGGGAUUGCAACUUCUACAAGAAACAAAGCGUCCACUCUUUUUCCUGUCUCUCUGUCAGCCUUUUUUAUUUUUAAAGUUUUAAUUUUAUUUAAAUUUUAAAACUUUCAUGCUGUCUGCCCUAUAGAAUAUGGCCUUAUGUGGACAUUACAUGGUAUUUUUCACAAGUCACAACAAAUAUUAGUUCUGUUUCCCAAUUAGGGCAUGCUAAGCUGUCCCUCUUUACAAUUUCGCUGGCGACACUAGAACCAAAGCUCUGGGUAGAAAGGCUGUGAACAAAAGGAAUGCUUAUGUAUUUUAGUUUGUUGAUGGAUACACCUCAGCUUUUUACAUCUAUUAAUAUUGCCUUGCAGUCUUAAUCUGUUCAAUCAUACAGUCAUUUAGUUUUUUUUAAUGGAUAAAUGUGUUUGUGAAUGAACCCACAUGGCCUCACAAAAAUUAACACUGUUUACUGUGAGGAUUUAACAGAUACUAACUCGUUACAUGUGUAAGCAGUUGAGUUUGAGUUUAUUUUCACUUGUGCAUCACAGUUUAUGUGAAACUGAAUUAAUGCAGAAGAUAAUACAGUGGCAAGAAAAAGUAUGUGAACCCUUUGGCCUUAGCUGGUUUUCUGCAUUAAUUGGUCAUAAAAUGUGAUAUCUUCAUCAAAGUCACAACAAGCACAAUGUGCUUAAGAUAACAAGUAACAACACAAACAAUUACAAUCUUUCAUGUAUUUAUUUAACACAUCCCAUUAAACAUUCACAGUGCUGUGCAAAAAGUAAGUGAACCCUAGUAUUUAAUAACUGGUUGAUCCUCUGACAGCAAUAACCUCAACCAAGCGUUUCUGGUACCUGCAGAUUAGACAUGCAUAGUGUUAAGAAGGCAUUUUGGACCAUUCUUCCUUACAGAACUGCUUCAGCUCAGACAUAUUCUUAGGAUGUCUGGUGUGAACGGCUCUCUUGAUGUCAUUUCACAGCAUCUCUAUUGGGUUAAGGGCUGGCUCUGACUGGGUCACUCCAAAAGGUGUUUUUUCUUUUUUUGAAGCCAUUCUGUAGUGGAUUCACUUCGAUGUUUAGGGACAUAGGGUCAAACAAUUCAACCUUAGUUUCAUCAUUCCACAAAACAUUUUCCCAGUGGGGUUAUGGAGUGUCAAGGUGGUCUUUGGAAAACUUCAGGCACGCAGCAAUGUUUUUGUUGGAAAGCAGCUGCUUCCUUUGUGGUGUCCUGCCAUGGACACCAUGACUGUUUAAUGUUUUCCGUAUAGUAGACUCAUGAUCAGAGAUGUUAACCAGUUCCAAUUAUUCCUUCAAGUCUUUAGCUGUCACUCUAGGGUUCUUUUUUAUCUAAUUGACCAUUCUGUGGUGUGUCCUUUGAGUCAUCUUGACUGGACGGCCACUUCUAGGGAGAGUAGCCACAGUACUAAAUUGUCUCCAUUUAUAGACAGUUUGUCUAACUGUGGACAGAUGAAUAUCUAAGCUUUUCGAUAUAACUUUGUAACACUUUCCAGCUUUAUGCAAAGCAACAAUUCUUGAUCGUAGGUCUUCUGAGAUCUCUUUUUUUGUGAGGCAUAGUCCAUGUCAGCAGAUGCUUCUUGUGAAUAGCAAACUCAAAAUGUUUGAGUGCUUUUUAUAAGUCAAAGUAGCUCUAACCCACACCACCAAUCUCGUUUCAUUAACUGGAUGCCAGGUUUGCCAACUCCUGACUCUAAUUAGCUUUUGUUAACGUCAUAAGCCUAGGGGUUCACAUACUUUUUCCAACCUACAUUUGAAUGAUAUAUUCAAUAUGUACAAGAACAAUACAAUAAUUUGUGUUAUUAGUUCAAACAGAUUGUGUUUGUUCAUUAUUGUAACUCAGAUGAAGAUCAAACCAUUUUUUGAUACCAAUUUACAACAUUAAUGCAGAAUAAAUAGAUGUCUUUAAAAAAAAAAUACAACAUAAAAACAGCACAUAAAAUAACAGCACUAGACUAUGUAUAAAACAUUCAAUAUAGGUAGUGAAACUAAGUUGAGUAAGAUUAUCAAGACUUAUCUUUAUUUUGACACUGGCUGUGAAACAUUGAGAAAAUCCAAAGAAAAUGGGCCCGCAUGUUCCUGGUUGUGUUAAAAUUGAGAGAUGAACUAUUUCAUUAAAUUAUAAUCUAUUUGAAAGCAUGGGGUAAAUAUAACUAAAAUCUGAAGGUUUGUAUUGUAUGUUUAUAAUGCCCUAUAACUUUUACAGGAUACAUUUUAAGUUUAAGUAGUCACAGUCACAGCAAUAUAGUUAUAAUUUAAUUAAUUUAAAAUCGUAUUAUCCUAGAGAGUAAUGGAGCACCUAUUGAAAUACCAUGUCGGUCACAUUCAGUGCCACUUUUUAUAUUCUUUAUCUCCUUUUUUUUUUUCUUUUUCUUUGCAUGCCCUGAACAUAUUUUUGUUUAUAUAUGAAAUAUGUUUUUUUUUGCUUAAAUGUGUCUUUCUUUAGACUAUUUUAUUAUGUGUAUCCUUUCCAGGUACAAUGUGCAUUUACAUUCAAUUCAUAAAUGUAAUUUCCCAUGUUGCCAAAUAGUGCAUUUAGAUAUAUGUUAAAGUUGCUCAUUAAUUUCAUUUCAGAUAAGUCAGUUACGAGGUACAGACAUUCACACAUAUGUGCAGUACAUUUGACUUUUUAAGAACCUAUUUUGUGUAUCAAUACAGAGACAUGCUUUAAUGAAUAAUGACAUUAUUGACAAGUGACUGUUCUCUCUGUGUGAAACAUUUUGGGUGUUAAGACUGGCCUACAUUUUUCUAAUCAUCUUCCAUAUUUUCCCUUCAAUGUCAAUUACCCCGCUCCUGUAAUACCAGAAAUUUGUGAAAUAUUUAACUGUAGUAAGAUUCCAUGGUGUACAUUUUCAAUAAAACUACAUUAAAACAA